AUGAUUAUUAUUACCAUAUGUAGACAUCAUUGUAGUGUUAAAGUAGAGAAUAAAUGGUGAGGUAAUGAAAUAGGAAACGCCAGGUUCCGGUUGGAGAGGAAUACCCACAGGUUUAAAAAUAGGCCACAACGCUCCUUAUAUAACAAGUGGGACGUCAGGGUUGUUUACAAUGUUGGUGCCUGAGAAAUGAAGGGGUUACAAUCCAGCAUUAUGCUGCACAUUUCAAAUCCUCAUUAAUCCAAAUGGGCUCAGUUGGCCUGUCAAUCACAUUUAAAAAAAAAAAGAAGAAGAAGAAGAAGAAGAAGAAGAAGAGGAAGAAAUUUUAAUGGCGGUGUUGCUAUGCUGCAUUUAAACAGAUAAACAGAGUUAUGUGUGUGUGUGUGGGUGUGUUUUUGUAUUGUGCUUUCAGUUUACAGUAAGAUAGACAGGAACUCUUGAUAUUCAAUGGGCUCCACAUUAAUUUCAGUUUCUACAUGAGAGAGCUGCUGGAAAAGCAGGGGAGGGGCUAGCGUGCAGCGAAUUAUGAAAUCAGCCAAUGGGCAGCGCCGCCGCCGGAUGAUGGACAGGCACGGCCCCUGCAGGAAGCCCCGCCCCUCUAUGACUCUGUGUUUUAUUCUGUUUUUAGAGCAGCAGCCGCGUCACAUGUUGUUUUUCUCCAGGAUCAGAUCGGUCUCUGGUCCGGCGGCUCCACUGUUCCUUCUCCCGUGGCGGACCGCGGACACACAUCGGUGUCUGCUAUGGAUUAGAUAAAAAAAUAAAAUAAUAAACGGGUUAUUUUAAAGUUUUAUUUUUGCAGAGAGAUAAUCUAUUUUUUCUUUUUUUUUUUUUUUUUUUUUUUUUUAAAUAAAAGACUUUGCUUAUCUGGAACUUGAAGAGAGACGUGGAGCGAAAUGGCAAGUCCUCCGGCGACGGGAGGACACCUGUUAUCUAAUGGGACGAACGGUGUGAAGAAGUGCGGGUACCUGAGGAAGCAGAAACACGGACACAGGCGCUUCUUCGUGCUGCGGGAGCCGACGGAGCGAUGCCCUGCCCGGCUGGAGUAUUAUGAGAGCGAGAAGAAAUGGAGGAACAAGUCCGCCGCCAAACGGGUGAUAACUUUGGACUCGUGUCUGUGCGUAAACAAACGGGCCGACGCCAAACACAAGCACCUCAUCGCCCUCUACACCAAGGACGAGUACUUCGCGGUGGCUGCGGACAACGAGCAGGAGCAGGAGAGCUGGUUCACGGUUUUGACUGAUUUAAUAGCCGAGGGGAAAGUGUACGACAGCCCUGCAUCCACCUCCUCUUUAGUGGGCUUUGAGGAGGCCAGCUACGGACUCAUUACCCCCGCAGCAGCUGCCUACAAGGAGGUAUGGCAGGUCAACUUGAAAUCCAAAGGCUUGGGUCAGAUCAAGAACCUCACUGGGGUGUACAGGCUGUGUCUGUCCAGCCGCACCAUCAGCUUUGUGAAACUGAACUCUGAGACAGCAGCUGUCAGUCUACAGCUCAUGAACAUCCGCAGGUGUGGACACUCGGACAGCUUCUUCUUCAUAGAGGUGGGCCGGUCGGCGGUGACCGGGCCCGGGGAGUUCUGGAUGCAGGCGGAGGACUCGGUGGUGGCGCAGAACAUCCACGAGACCAUCCUGGAGGCCAUGAAGGCCAUGAAGGAGCUGUCAGAGUUCAGGCCGCGGAGCAAGAGCCAGUCUGCCAGCACUAACCCCAUCUCUGUGCCCACGCGACGCAACCUCAACAACCUCCCCCCCAGCCAGACGGGCCUGGUGAGGAGAUCCAGGACAGACAGCAUGGCCGCCACGUCCCCUGGGAGGAAGUUCACGUCCUGCCGGAUUAGAACCGCCAGCGAGGGCGAUGGCAGCGUGACCCGGCCCGUGUCCAUGUCCAUAUCUGUGAAUGGGAGUCCCACCAGCCCCAGCUGUGGCAAUCACCUCAGCAGGUCUCACACCCUCAGCAGCGGGCGCACCUGCAGGAUGCUGGAGUCCUCCUCCAACCUGCACCACAGCAGGUCCAUGCCGGUGUCCAACUCCCCUCCAGCCGCCUCCAGCCCCAUCAGCAUGUCUCCCAGAGGCGGGGCUGGUAUCGCCACUCCGGACAAAGCCAGGCGGCCUUUCAGCUGCAGCGCCUCCAUCUCCGGCUCCCUCAGCGACACCGGCUUCAUGCUGUGUGACGACUACAGCUCCAGCCCAGGUGAACCCAAAUUCCUCCCCCUGACCCGCAGCGACACCCCUGACUCCCUGUCCAGCACGCCUCCGUCCCGGGACAUCAGCGACCCCUGUGGCUACAUGAUAAUGGAGAGCGCGAACGGCGGCAGGGUUCUGGCUGGUGGCGAUCUGGCGUUUGACAAGGCUUACAGGAAGCGCACGCACUCCCUCACCACGCCGCGUCAACAGAGGGUGGUGGCGCCGUUGUCCUCCGCCUCCCUGGAUGAGUACACGCUCAUGAGGAUGGCGCACGGGCAGAACUCUCACUCCGCCUCGCCCAAGGUGUGCUACCCCGAGGAUUACGGAGACAUCGAAAUCGGUUCCUCCAGGAGCUCCAGCAGUAACCUUGGCGACGAUGGCUACAUGCCAAUGACGCCAGGUGUAGCAUCCCAGUCUGGAAAGGGAGACAACUACGUGCCCAUGAGCCCCAUGUGCGUCUCGGCACCCAAGCAGAUUGUGAACCCCAGGGUGCACCCUCAGGCGGGGGCCGGCGGCGGCGGCGGCUACAAAACCAACUCCCCCUGCAGCAGCUCUCUGGAGGACAACGGCUACAUGAGAAUGUGGUGUGGCUCCAAAUCCUCCAUGGAGAGCCCAGACAGACAUGGCGAAUACAUGAACAUGUCACCCGGAAACCCACCUCCACUCCAGACCCCCCCUGACUACUACUUGGGCCUGCUGGCCGGUGAACCUGCGCCGGUGAGGUCGGCUUACCAGGGCGGCUCCCUCACGCUGCCUGCCAAGCUCCAGGCGUCAAAGAACGAAGAUGGCUGCCAGUAUGUGUUGAUGAGCCCUCAGAGCAUGAGGCAGAGGGCCGGGGAGUCCGACUAUUAUUCGGUGAUGCAGCCCAGCACCUCUCCGCUGAGCCCCUCGGUCCCUUCUCCCGUCAGACACGGCCGGGUGGAGAACCUGGCCUACAGGGGGAGGCUGGGCCGGCCCAACAGGCUUUCCCUGGACACCCUGAGGACCCUGCCCAGCAUGAAUGAACACCCCCUGCCCGGAGAGCCGCGGAGCCCCGGGGAGUACAUUAACAUUGACUUCAGCUGCAUCAGCUCCAUCGUAUCCACAGAGAGCCAGUCUUCAUCUCUGGGCUCCAGCGGCGGCGGCGGCCCGGGGAGGUCCUCCCUGACUGACUACAUCAACCUGGAGCUGGCGUCACACUCCUCCAAGGAGGUGAACACUCCUGCUGAGCGCCGCCCCCUCCCCGUGUUGUCCAUGUGCCCCUGCUCUGAGGAGGACGGCGUUUACCAGACGGGGUCUCAGGGCCUCGAGAUGAAAAAUGACUACACCGAGAUGUCGUUCGGGAUGACCAGCUCGCCGCCGCAGCUUGUUCCUCAGAACACAGCCAGCAGCCAGAGGAGGCUCUCUCUGGAGGACCAGGGAGUCCCAGAAAGCAUUGGGGUCUUCCUGCUUGGGGCCACCUCUUCCCCCACAGUGGACCCCGACUGCUCCGCCAAGGUGAUCCGGGCCAAUCCACAGGGACGCCGGCGCCACAGCUCCGAGACCUUCUCCUCCACCGCCACCGUGACGCCGGUCUUUCCCUCCUUCGCCCGGGGCGACGCGGUGAAGAGGCACAGCUCCGUGGAGAACAUCUCGUCCCGGAGCAGCGAGGGCUCCGACGAGGAGUACGGCAGCCCGGUGAACCGGCAGAGCUCGGCCGGCUACCCCAACGGACUGAACUACAUCGCCUUGAACCUGCUGGACAACAGGGACGUGGAGAAGUGCGAAGACCUGGUUGGCUUCAAACCCACCAGCAGCUGCAAAGGGGGUAUCAAUGGAUUACACAGCACGCCAUAUGUCUGUUUGGGAUUCAAAGAGGCUGCCACCACUGCCAAAGACUGAGCGACUCCUCCGUCCUCUGACUUGGCGUCUUCACCAACCUGCUGCUCGGAUUUAAAAACGUUGCCCUCCCAUUGGGCUCUGUGGCCCUAAAAGACUGUCUGGACCCUCAGCAACACACACACAAACACACACACAGACGGAAACACACGCUUAGGAAACAAGCAUGCCACCAUCUAUGCAUGUCAUGAGUUUGCUAAAGGCAGGACAAGUGUGUUUGUGUUUUGUGUGUGUGCGUGUCUCAUGUUCCCUGCGCUUUCCGAGGCCAUUGGCCAUUGGGGCUCCCGUGACCCAAAUUUUUGGCACAAACACAGAAGCAAAGAUAGUCAGACAACAACAAAGCUCUCAUGGUACCCAGAUGUUAUUUAUUUACUUGAGGGUAGUUUGAUGACUACCUGUAUGUGUGCGAGUGUGUUUCUGAGAAAGUAUGACCAACUGGUAUGUCAGUGAACAAGGAAACCUUCUAUAGACACGGCCCAGGGAGCAAGGAUACCAAGGUACACUGAGUACAUAAUUAUAUUUAGAUUAGAUAUUUUAUUUAUUUUUGGAAGAUGAAUGUCUGAUAAGACCUACCCGAUGCCUUAAUGUCUAUAUUGUCCUUAUGUUUUCUAUGAAAUGACAGAUAAAUAUUCUAUUACGGUAUGUCUGUUUGGACCUACAUCUCUAUAUUGUUAUUCUCUUGUGGAAAGUAAAAAGCCUAGUUUACCAUUAAAAUAUAUUAUUUCAGAAAUGUACAGUACAGUGGGGCUGCUUGAGAGCUGAUUUAUCGUAUUGAUAUUAAAGUAUUUUCUUAAUUACUAAUUUCUUAUUUAUUCUAACCUAGUUUAUUUUUUUGUCCAAUCAAAACGCUGGACUUAAAGAAAUAUAUUUCUAAAUGUCUCUAAGAGUUAUGCAUGUCUCUAUAACUCAGCUCAGACCCCACAACACCAGGCAUCUGAAUGCACUGUACCUCCCACAGUUCCUCAGUCACUUGAGCCUGAAAACCUCACACACUCCUACCUUCAAACCUACAGCCAGCUGUUUAGCUCAGCGCCGGCUGCCCUGCUGUGAUAUCAUUUGAUGGUACAACUGUCUAGCUGAGGUGAUAAUGGAGGGGGUGGAGCCUAUGGAAAAAAAUAUCAAGGUUGGGGGGGGGGGGGGGGGCAAAGUCCAGACGGUUUCUGGUGAACGAGUGCAUGAGGGGAGGAGCAGAACAGAGUAGUAGAAGAAGAGAGGCCAAGAGCCACAUCUGGCGCCAUCAUGGAGGUUCACUGGAGAGUCAGCUGCCUGGAAAAUAUAACUGUAUGGCAGCAGAGCCGGCUGAAGACAGUUAUGUAAUAACAAGUUAAAGUAAGACUAUGUAACUACUGUAUAACAGUUAUGAGAUAAUGCUAAAUGCUAACACAAUAUUAGCACUAGCAGAGAAGGGUCAUCACGUCAGUAAACUGUUUUAGUAAAUUACACUAUAGGUCAUACCAGACCAAGUAAGGCUGAGGAAUUAACUAACAAUGUUUAACCUCCUAGGACCUGGAGUCCACAUAUGUGGACCCCCACAAUACUAACUUUUUCUCAACAAGGGCCUGGUGACCACAUAUGAGGAUAUUAUACUGCCACUCAGUAAUCGAAAUUUAAAACUAAUGUCCUCAUAUGUGGACAUCAUUUUUCUCGGGUCCCAAUCAGCCUAAAUAGCAUAGAGAAAUUAAAAUGCACGCCAUGCAAGAGUUCGGGUCUUAGGAGGUUAAUUGCUUCUGAAUCUGUAAGACGAAUGUGUUAUUUCUUACUUUAAAUGCUACGAAAGUCUUUCUUUAAAGUAAGACUGUGAAACGUUUGCUGAACAGCAGCCACGAGUAGUAGGUUUGGGAUAAUGCUAAAUGCUAACAUGUAGCGUAGCUAACAUUAGCUAACGUUAGCAAACAUUGGCUAACUUAAGUUACUCACACCAAGGCUUUAACAAGGCUUAAUGCUGAUAAAUUCAACUUUUCAUUUGUUGUUAGACUUUUUUAAGAGAAACUAAACAUUUUAAUCAAUAGAGAAAUUAUCUCCAGUCACAAAUCACAUUUAAAAAAAGAAAAAGAAAAAGUUAAAUAGAGCUGCCUCCCGAGAGCUGUCAACCUCCAAAAUGGCUGCCAGAGCAUGUGUAAUAACUUCAUCUGAAAGCCCUCUGUCGACAUCCCCCAUUCUGUAGUCUUUGCAUCGUCCACUGUGCUGACUCCGACCGGCUCACAAACCCCUUUAGUGUACAUUAGAUUGUAAAACUUUCAACCAUGUCUGAAUGUAUCGCUGAGCUGGUGGGAACACCGCAGAAACAUAAUGUG